GACUCGCCUGCCUGCAAUGUGUCAAGUGCAGGCAGCAACAAACUAGGUGAGUUCGGAACUCCCACAAUCUCACAAUCCCACAGCAACGCACCCGCCAAGAGAGCCCUAGCUAACGACCCGCCUGUCGAUACGUUUGCAGAUAAGAAACUGACCGCCUCGACCGCCACCCUCGCCGCCGAUAAGGACCCUCGUGACAUCAGUAAUAAUGGCUUCAAUCGUUUCGAUCCCAAGUAUGUGAGUAUCGGGCCUAAGGCGAUCCGAACCACCGGAAAUCAAACUACGGCCAAUGUGAACAAGUGUGCCACUCUUCGAGCUCACGGCCGUUAUGCCAGCGGAGGACGAGGCACAAGCCCAAGUCCCCACCUGAAGAGCGUUCAACAACCGAUGGUUGCUCAGUCACAGUUCAACAAACCGCAGAUGCAGCAUACUCAGUUGCAAGAUAAGCCGGAUCGUCAGGCCACUGCUCAACCUAAGCUAAACAUCUCGACCGUCUCCAAAGACUACAAUCAAUCGUACUCGUGUGCAACGUUGCCAUACAAGAAACCCAGUGGAUAUAACGACGGGACGACAACGUCCAUUUUGAAGAAGGAAAGCAACCUUGACAACAAGCAUCAACAUCCAACCGUCUACAGCAUCGACACGUCUCACCAUCAACCGGCUCCACAGCCCACUCAGCAUCAUCGGUCUCUGUCGAGCACCAAUCAACUCUACCACGAAACGGGAGCAGGAUCGGCCUUCGCUAGCCCACCGCCAUCGUCCGCUUCGACGGCCACCACCAAGAGCAACAUCUCGAUCAUCAACCAACCACUGCCAGAGAUUCCGACCGCGGCUCAGCAAAGCCUGAAGAACAAUCAACAGCCGCUCUGUGCUGCCACGCUCAACCAGUACCGUUCGCUGCAACGACCGAGCAAGCAGAGUUCGCUUAGUGUCAAAGAGGUGUCUCCUCAGCCACAGCACCAUCAUCAGCAACAGCUUCAGCUGCAGCAGCAACAACAGCAACACCAACAGCAAUUACAACAGCAGCAGCAGCAACAACAACAACAGCAACACUACCCGCCGCCGGUGCAACCGAAGCCAUCGAUACCACCCAAGGUAACGCCACCGAUGCUGCCGCCGAAGAAUCGCCACAAAGACGAAUCCCUGUACCAAUCCCGGACCUCGUCGGUCUCGUCCAGCACCGGCAGACCUCAACAACCAUUACCUCAGCCUCCCUCGCACCAAUCGUCUUCAUCGUCGCUGCAGUCCUACGGCCACGUCAUCUCUGCCAGCGGCAAGACCAACUUCAACGCCAUUCAGCUCCAACUCCAGAACCAGCUGCACUUCAAGCAGUACCAUCAGCUGACUCAACAGCCCUGGCAGCGGGAACAGCUCUCUAUGCCGCAACACAUGGCAUCGGCCGGCUAUCAGACCCACGACUCUCGGUACGAGCAAAAGUCCAACCGCAACCGAUCGUACUCGGGAAGCAGCGAGCGGGAGCAACAGCAACAGCAGCAGCAGCACCACCAGCAGCAACAACAGCAAUACCAAAAGUCUAGCGGCGAUAAGCAGAAGCAGAGCUACCAAACACUACCGAAGAACCAUCACCAUCAUCACAGUAGCGGAGGCGGAGGUGGCUCCACCAAUACGACGUCAUUCAGCACGCAAACUCAACCGCAACCGCAGCAGCAACCUGUGCCGCAUCACCAUCACCAUCCGUUACCGCCGCAACAACAGCAGCAGCAGCAACAUCAACAGUCACAGCAGGCUGUGACUCAACAGCCGCAGCAGCCGAAGAGCAUCCUCAGCAAGUCGCGAUCGAACGAAGCUCGCGAACGGGAGCGCGAGCAUCGGGAUCGUGAGCGAGAACGGGAUCGGGAGCGAGACCGAGAACGGGACAGGGAUCGGGAACGGGACAGAGACCGGGAUCGCGAGCGGGAACGAAGCUCGCACCGGGGGCACAGCCACGAGUACCAUCACGAUACGCGCUCGGCGGUGGACAGCAACAAGAACCCGAACGUGUACUACCGAUCGCUGCAGCGCGGCGGACUACAGGCCAACAAUGAUCUCUACUCGGUGACGGAGUUGUGAGAAAGGUUUGACUUUUAAGUUUGUUUCUAGAUGUGUUUGGUUCAAGGAGGCGGGCUGGUGCCUCCCUCCUUCAUCAUUGUUUCGAAAAGUUCGUUCAAACUGCCCUCCAUUUCGAUUCUUAUGACAACAACCGGGAACGAGAUUUGAAUUAUUCGGCGAAAGAUAUCUAGCGAAUACGAGAACGAGGUUGCCAGACGCACUCUUGGGGAAAUAGCUUCUUGGGGUCCACGCUUGAGUUCAACAACAUUUCUCGAGUUUGUGAUUGUUUUCGAACAUGGUUUUUAAUAUUCGACACCCGACUUUUCUCCAAGUAGGCGUUGGAUCUCGGCACAGAGGCGUAACAAAUACAAUACGUAACCAAACGAACACACACAGACACAAACACACAAACUGCAAACGAAUCGACCGAUUAGUGGCACGAAAGCACACUCAAACAAACACAAACAGCGCACCCAAAUAUUACUAAAAAAACGAGAGAAACUAAUUCAAAGCCAGAAGUGUAAAUAGUUGUAGGUUGACGAUGUUUUUACGUGAAUAAAUGACAGAACAUAAAACCCGUUUUAAAAACAAAUGCUAAACAAUGAAAGAUGUAGAGAGUUGUAGACAGAAUUCAAAAUGGCGACCCGAGGAGGACGCGAUCUGUUGUUAAUGUUACUGAAAUGGAUAGGUCUUCAUAACUAGAGAAGCGAAUCAAUUUCACCGAUACGAAUACACAAACACACAAGCAUGGAAGCAAACGUAGGCUGGACUGAAUCGGAUGGUUGGGAAGAAUUCGUUCAAUACAAUAGUAAAAUAUUUAAAAAUCGAAAAAAAAAACAAUAGAAAUCGGGUUCUAACUCGAAAAAAAAACAUCACAGAAAAUGUUCAUUCUCAUUCAUCCCCCCCAAUUGCCACGUUGCCCGUUAUUGUGGAUUUGAUGACAUUCAUCUGGAGUACACUUGUAGGAAGAUUAGCGCAAAAGCAUUCGCACAUACACACUCACACACAUACACAUGAACACGGACACCUUAUUGCAUUCACAACCACAAUUUUUCGAUAUCUAAGCGAAGCCAAAUUAAUCGUAACACCACUAUUAGGAACAGCAACUGAGUAAAAAAAAGAAAAGAAUGACUUAGCGUAGGAAUUAGGACACACGAAUCACGAACAAAAAUGGAAAAAAGUAAUAACAAUUGUAUGGGACACGAGUGGACUGUUGCGUUGCGAUUUUUUCAUGUAGUUAACUGUCAGAAAAAAAGUUAUGAACUUUUUUUUUAUCCUUAUUAACGAGAUUUUUAGCCCUAGGCUAGUUCAUCUCGGCACCCACGCUUUACUUCCCUUCCGAAGGAAGAACUCACAUGUUGCGAGUUUGUCGGGAGUGGGAUUCGAUCCCAGGUCCUCGGCGUGAUAGUCAAGUGUUCUAACCAUCACACCAGGUCCGCUCCCCAAAAUGAACUUUUAUAAUUAGUUACAGUGGAGUCUUAUUUGUAUUUGCUCUUUGAAUUAUCGUUGUAGUUGUCUGUUACCUUUUUCUAACACAGACAAUAUGUUUUUAAGGCUCGUUUGCUCUCAUCACAGUACCUCCACCACUUGUUUUCUCAUGAUUUUUUUUUGUUUGCAAAAGCGAUCAUCGUGUGAUGAGCGCCAAGUUAUCUAGAUGCCACUCUUCUUGGAAUAUCUUUAUCUUUGCUUCCAAGAGUUCAAUUAGAAAUUGCUGCAAGAUUUAUUUAUGAAAUUCUUCUUCAAUGAAUCAUGCACGAAUUAUUUCUGGAGUUUUUAAUAUUUUUUCUUGAACUAACUUUACAUAUUUCUGUAGUAAUUAAUGUCAUGAGUGCUUCUAAAAAUUCUCUUGAAGUCUCUUAAGAAAAUCCUCUAAAAAAAUAAUUCAGGAAUUCCUCCAGAAGCUUCUUCAGGUAUUACAACACCUGCUCCUGCAGAUUUUACAACAAACUCUUUGGAAAGUUUCCAAAUAAAAAUAUCGAAGAGAUUCUUCAGAAAUUGUCUUAGGAGUUCCUUUGAAAGAAACUUUAGAUAUUCUAUAGAAGUUCCGUAGGAAACUCUAAGAACUCCUUUGAAAAUCUGUAACGUUUUUAAAUAGUAAUAGAAAAACUAUUAUAGGAUUGACUGAUGGACCAAGAACAAUAAUAAAACCUCGUCAUCCUGGGAUUGGACUUUGUUAUCUGUUUAGAUAGCUGGGCACAAUUUAUAUUAUGCGGUGCAUGUUUGUGUUUUGUGCAUUUGUAAUGUUCUAUCUUACUUUCCGCGUCCCAUUAGUUCCCAGAUGUGGGAUUGAUGCGAAAAAAAACAUUUGUAGGGUUCUGAUAACAGUUGUCCAAAUUGUGUCACCCAACGUGGGGCAAGACGCAUUUGUAGUGUUCCGCAAAGUUUUUCCGUUAUAUUGGUGCCCAACGUAGGGCACGAACCCACGACCCUGAGAUUAAGAGUCACAUGCUCUACCGACUGUAACAAACGUAACAAAUCCUUUGGGUGUUUCUGUUUUGUGUUUUUUAGGAAAUUUCUCUAGAAGUUCCUUCAAGGAGUCCGGUGAAAUCCCUCACCUGUUUAUCAUUUAAAAUUUAAACUAGUGUUCACAAUUGCGUCUGAAAACAUUUCUGAAGGUUAUCUUAUCUGAAUUUUAAGAAAGCUCCCGUAGAAAUUUCUACGAAGUUACUACAGAGAUUCCCUGCCAGAAUUUCUUCAGGGGUUGCUAGGGUUAUUAUUAUAAUAUUGAAAGAGUAUCUUUGAGUAUUUAGGAGGGUUCUCCAGGUUCUUGAGAUUUUCUCAGGGGUUUAUACGCGAAUUCCUUCAGGAGUUCCCCUUGGGAAUUCAACUGUGAGCUCCUCCGGCCAUUUCUUUCACAACUUUUCAAGGAAUUUCUUCAGAAGUUACUCCAGGAAUUCUUUCGAAAAUGUAUUGAUUCCUUCAAUAAAUUGUCCAGAACUUUCAUCAUGGGUUGGUCCGGGAAUUCACUCAUAAAUUCCAACGAGGAUUGCUUCAAAGGUUUUAAAGAGCGGCGAGUGGAGCAUGAUGACCUUACGGUACGUGGAAUUCAACCGAGGCCAACUCUCCACUCACCAGGAAAUAUUUGGAGAAGUUUAUAUAGGAAUUACGUAUCGAGUUUCUUCGGGAAUUCGAUUACAAGUUUCUACAAAAUAUCUUUUAGGGAUUUUUUUCAAAAGUUCCUCUGAGAAAUCCUUGAAAGGCUUCUCCUGAAGGUGUAUCUUCAGCAGCACUAAUGUAAAUUCCUUUCGAGUAGUUUUUUGGCAUUUCAGUCUUUUCGGGGUCAUAAAAAACUUAAUGAUUUCUUCUUCCAACGUUUCGAUCCUUAUUGGAUCUUCCUCAGGGAAUCGAAUAAAAUACUUGAUUUAAAAAAACAAUACACCGUCUUCAACCAGAGGUUGCACAGACUGAACAAUCAAUAACAUUAGGCAACGGACAACACGGAACACCCAGUGGACCAGUGAAGGAUUAAUCGUUUGACGAAAAGUUUCCUCCGACUGGAGCGGGAAUCGAACCCUCACUCCGUGGCACUCACAAUAUGCCUAAACGACUGACGACGCUAACCGCACGGAAUUCUUGAUUUUUCGUCCAGUGGUCGUUGUUUUUUAGCGGCUCGGUUCCGACUAACAGGAAUUAUCUUUUUGAAUUUGAAGAUUUUUCAGAACAGAAAAAACGGACAAAUUCAAAAAACAACAAACGACGGUUAAAAGUUUCAAAAAACAACCACGAAAAACCAAGAAUUUUAUUCGAUUUCCUGAGGAAGAUCCAGCAAGGAUCGAAACGUUGGAAGAAGAAAACAUUUAGUUGUUUUUGAUUCCGAAAAGACUGCAACGCCAAAAAACAAUCCGAGAGUCUUCAAAACAGUCGUCAAUAUAAUAAUAUUAAUUCGUUCAAUAUUUCUCCAGUAAUUUCUUCAGGAUUUUUUCGGGAUCUCCUUCGAAACUUCCUUCAGCAAUUCCUUCAGGAAUACUUCCGAGAAUUCCUCCAGGAGAAUCUGCGAAAGUUCCAAAAGGGUUUCCUUUAGCUAUUCUUUCCAGACUCUUCUGACUUCAUCUGGAAGUUUCUUUGGAAAUAUCCUCCGGGAAUUUCUGCUGGACUUCUUCCAGUAAUUCCUACAGAAGUUUCUCCGUGAACUCAUUCGGAAAUUUCUCCGUAAAUUUCUCAUGGAGUUUUUACGGGAAUUUCUGCAGGUAUUUCUUAAAUAGUUCUUCCUAGAAUUUCUCUAUUUGUUUCUCUGGGACAUCUUCUAAGAGCUUCGGCAUGAAUUCCUCCAGAAGUUCUUUCAGGAAUACCAUAAGGAGCUCCUCAAUGAAUUCUCAUAGGAGCUCUUUUGGAAAUUCCUUUAUGAGUCCUUCCAGGAAUUCGUCAGUUAUUUGCUUUAAGAAUUCCUCUAGAAAUUCCUCCGGGAAUUUCUAGAGGAGUUCAGCCAAGAAUUCCUUUAGGAGUUCCUCCAGGAAUUUUCUAAGAUUUUUUUCCGCGAAUUCCUCUAGGAGUUUCUCUCGGAAUUCUUCUAAGAGUUUCUGCAAGUAUUUCUCCAGUAGUUUCUUCGGGGGUUCUCAUAGAAGUUCCUCCGGAAAUCCUCCCGAAGUUCCCCGGCAAUUCUUCUACGAGAUACUUCGGGAAUUCCUCUGGGAGUUCUUCCAGGAAUUCCUCUAGGAGUUCCUUCGGAAAUUCCUCUAGGAGUUUCGAUAGAAGAUCCUCCGGGAAUUUUUCUAAAAGUUCCUUCAGAAUUUCAUCCAGAAGUUUCUCUGGGAAUUGUCAUAAGAGUUUCUUCAAGAAGUUCCUCUGAGAAUUCUUCUUGGAGUCCCUCCAAGAAUUCUACUAGUAGUUCCGGCGGGAAUUUCCCUAAGAGUUUCUCCAAGGAAUUCCUCUAGGAGUUCAUUCAAGAACACCUCUUGGAGUUUCUCCAAGAAUUCUUGUACGAGUUCCUCCAUGACUUCUUUUAAGAAGUUUCUUCGGGAAUUCCUCUAGGACUUCUUCCGGUAAUUCCUUGAACAGUUCCUCCGAAAAAUUUUCAAGGAGAAAUUUCUGUAAAAGUUCCACCAGGAAGGGUUCUUCCGGAAGUUUAUCCAGAAGUAUUUCUGGAAAUACCGGGAGUUUGAUCCUGUUGCAAUUCCCGGAGAAACUCCUUGGUAAAUUCUCGAAGGAACUCAUGGGGGCAUUUUCCGGAGAACAUGUGAAACAAUUCCCGGGGAAACUCCUUGAGCAAUUACUGGAGGAACUUAUGGAGCAAUUUUCGGAUAAACUCCCGUUGCAAUUCCCGGAGGAACUCAUAAAACAAUUCUAGGAGAAACUUGUGGAACAGACUUCUGUAACAAUUUCCGGAGGAACUCCGCGAGCAUUUCUCUUCUCGAAGGAAUUCAUGGAGGAUCUCGUAGAACAAUUCUCGGAGGAACUCCAGGAUCAACUCCUUUAGAAAUUUCUCCAGGAGUUCCUCCCGGAAUGCCUCCAGAAGUUCAUCGAGAGAUUUCUCCAGGAACCUCCAUUGGUUACGCGGAAUUCAUCCAGGGAUUUCUUCAGGAAAUCCUCCAGAGAUUCUUUAGUAAAUUUCCGAAAUGGUUUCUCCAGGAGUUCCACCAGAAAUUCCUUCAGAGAUUUUACCAAGGUCAGGAUUUUUUCCAGAGAUUCAUCCAGGGAUUCCUCAGGAAUUCCUUGAGGACUUUUAUUUUUAGAAAUUUCUCCAGGGAAUCUUUCCAGAAUUCCUCCAGCUAUUUCUAUGAAAAUUCCUCCAGGAAUUUCUAUAGGCUUUUUCCAAGCAUUUCCACAAAUAUUCCUUCAGAGAUACAAUUAUUUUCUCCAGAAAACUCCUCCACGAAUUCCUAGAAUAGUUCCUGAAGGAAUUGCUCCAGAAAUUUGUCAAGAAAUUCAUCAGAGAUACCUCGAGGAUUUCUUCCAGGGAUUCCUCAAGAGUUCUCGGUGAGACCUCUGGAGCAACUCCAGGAUGAACUCUUCGAGGAAUCUCAGGUAAACUCUUGAAACAAGUCCAGCUGGAAGUCCUCGGCGAAUACCAAUUUAAACUUUUGUAAAAAAAAAAUCCAGUUGGAAAUUCUAGAAAAAUCUGAGAUGACCCCCGGAAGGAAUAUCAGUUUGUGCUUCCGGAUUAAUCCCAGGUGGUAUAGAACAUGGCUGAGAUUAAAUACUGUUUGACUAACAAUUGAAAACGUUGAUGCAUUGUACUGCAUUUGAAAUGGGCUUAUCCGCCCCCACUCGCAUAUCAGUCCCAUUUGAGUUCUCAUCACUUUUAAGUUAACGUUAUGAAUAGUCAUUUGCAAUUUCAACGCACAUCUGAAAUGUAUGUAGCCUGUAAAUAACACGAAAUUGAACAAUUUGGUAAUAAACGUAAUGUUUUUCACAGUCAUGUAUUGAGGUGCAAAGCAAUCCGUAUAAGUUUCGGAAUGCUUGUAUUAAUUUUAAAGUUUUGACGAUAUUUUAAAGUUUUACAUGGAAAUAUCAAUUCCUCCUUUCUACAAACGCGACUGUUAUUAGAGUGGAGCAGUUAUGUUUGCGGUCCAGCAUUUCUGAUAGUUACAACUGCCACAUUGUUGCGUUUUACCGAUCGUAUAGACAAAUUUCUCUAUUUUUUACUUAGAUCAGAAAUAUCCUAAGAAAUCACAUUUCAGAUGCUUUGCGUUACUGAUCUAAAAAUUUAGUUAUGAAUUCUUGCAGUAUUAUUUCAUUUUUCAGCUGAAAACAUUUCUAACCAGCCUCAUUUUCAGAAAUACAUCCUAAUAUUACACAAUUUUUCAAAAGUUUUCCAAAUAUUCCUUAACCGUUUUUUUUUCUUUUUUUAUAUAGAUAAAAAAAGUAUUUACCAAAGGCUCAUUCGAGACGUCUGUCGUUUUAUCGAAAUAGUUCUCAAAGAUCUGGCAAAAUAUUGAAUUCAAUGAGAUCUAGCAGUGCCAGAGAGACUGUAAAGGAAUUUUUUUUUUUUGAGAAUGUUUCCAGAAAUUUCUUUAGAACUUCCUCCGGGAGGUUUUCCUGGGAAUUAUUUCCAGAAGUAGUUUCUCAUUAAAUUACUUGUACGAGUUUUUCAGAGACAACUCUGGGAGCUCCUCCAGGUAUUCCCAAACAGGUUUCCUCAAUAGAUUACUUCAGAAAUUGCAUCACAAAUUUUAGCCCAGGAAUCUUUUUAGAAAUUUUUAAGAAUUUUUAUAGGAAUCUCCACUUCUGGAGUUUCAGAUCUCUAUUCUGAUUUCUAUAAAACUCCUGAAGGUGUUUUUUGAGUAAUCUCAGCGAAACUCUUGGAAGAAUCUCAAGAAAAAUUUCUGAAGAAGUUCUUGGAGGAAUACCAGGUGACACUUCUUGGGGAACGCUUGGCAUGACCUCCAAGAGAAUCGAUUGUGGAUAUACAGAAGACUUCCUGGAGAAAUCCUUCAAUAGAUUACAAGGAGGAUUUCCUUGGUAUAAUCCUGCAAGAAUCCGAACAAUCUCAUAAGAAAUUUCAAAUGGAAUUGCAGUAGAAAUUCUUAGGAAAUAUUUCUGGAGAAAACCAUAGAAAAACAAAAUCAAUUGGUAUCCUUCGGGGGAUAUCUAGGGAAAUAUGAAUGAAUACUACUGGAACACCAGAAAGAAUCUUUGUAUGAAUUUCCGCAGGAAUUUAUAUAGGUACUCCUGCUAGAAUCCCUGAAGGAGGUCUUGCGGGAUGUCGCAGACGAAUCCCUGAAAACAUUCCUGGAGCAUUUCCCAAAUGUCUGAAGGAAUUCGUGAAAAAACUAUAUGUACGAAUUCUUGAAAUAAUCACCGGAAUAUUUCCGAAAAAAAAAUCGCUGAUUGAAAGAAUUUCCCUAAAAAAAAUUGAUAGAGCUUCUGAUUGCCUGGAAAUACAGAAAAAAAAAACUUCUGGAUCCCUGAAGAAAAACAAGAAAGAAUCUCUGGAAAACAUCUGAUUCCUUAAAAAGGAUUUAGACAUUUUAGAAAGUUUCUGAAAUAAGCUCAGCGGAAGUUUCAGAGAGAAUCCAAGGAAAACUUCAAAAAAGAGUUCUUGGUGGAGUUCCUGAAGAAAUUUUCAAGGACAUACCUGAAGGUGGCCCUGGAGAAAUUUCCUGAAAGACUUUUUGAAAGAAUCCUUGGAUGAUAUCAAAUGUGAUUUCCUAGCUUAAUAUCUGAAGAAAUCAAUAGUGCAAUUUUUGAAGGAAUUCAUAGAAGAUUUUCUCAGAAGGAAUCUUUGGAGACAUUUUCAAAGAAAUUUCUGGAAUAAUUUCUCAUGUAAAUUUUAGCAAAAUUGUUCAUGAAAGAAUUUUUGAAGAAAACUUUGGAAGAUGUUGUGAAAAAAUCUUUUGCAAAAUUCCUGAAGAAAUUCAAGACCUUUGACUUUUGGAAAUAGAUUUGCUGAAAGAAUUUCAUGAAAGGAAGAUUUUAUGUAAAAUCAUGGAAUAAUUUCUGAGAAUACUCAUGGAAUUUUUUAAGAAUUUCGGUAGCAAUAAACACAUGAUUUCAUAAAAGAAUUGCUGGAGAACCUUCUCAAAAAAUCCGUGAUUUUUUUUUACAGAAACCUGUGCAACAUUUUCUAUCUGAAGGAAUCCAUUCAAGGAUUUUUAGAAGAGUUCUUAGUUUCUGGAUGAAACUUCAGGAAACUUCAGAGGAAUUCAUGAAUUAUACUAUAAAUUUUCUUAAGAAAUGUCUCGCAUAAAUCUUAAAGGAAUUUUUAGAGAAAUUUUAAAAGCUUCCCCUGCAGAACUUUUUUAAGAUUUUAUGUGAGACUUCCCAAAGAAAUCUCUAGAGAAUAUCGGGAGAAAUUAAUGGAGGGUUUUUUGAAGGCACCUGUGAAUGGCUUUGAAGCAAUUCUUCAAGGGGUUCUGAUCAGAUACAUAGAAGAAUUUUUGACACGAUUCUGCAAGAUUUUCUUAAACGAAUUUUUCAGAUUUUUUUUUGAAAUAUCUAACAGAAUUUCUGAAUUUUUCUUCGAUAGUUUUUUAAUGAAUAGUAAAGGAAUUCUCAGGGGAUUUCUCCCAGAAAUUUGCGAAAGAGUCCCUGGAGGAAUUUUUAGGAAAAUAUAUAAAUGAAUUUUUAAAGGAAUCACAGAACGAAUUUUCGAAAAAAAAAAUAAUCUCACGAAAAUCACUCCAAAUGACUUUUCCAACAUACCUAAGCUUUUUUUGAAAAAAAGUAAAAGAUAAUAGAAAUUAAAAAGCGUUGCGUUGGUUGGGACAUAUAUGAGUGAUUCCUCAAAGAUUGCCGUCACAAUAGUAAAUAGUUGCUUUAACUUUAAGUGCCAUGACUUUCUCGAUUUCCAUCUGGUUUUCAUGAAUUUCAAAUUUAACAUUUAUUUUUGAAUAACUUUGUUGAACAUUAAAAUUUUCCAAAGUCACGCAAAAUAUGAGUCUUUGAGAUUGGUUCUAUUUUUCUUCUUUUUUCUAAACAUUUUAACUUUAACUAAUUGAAAAUAUUUAAGCGUGCUUUUGCAGAUGUUCUUGCUGCCUAACAAUAUCGUGAGUAACCUGUACAGUUUCUUUCAACAAGGAUUAAGAUCACAAACCACACAUAACGCGUAUUUUAGAGAAAAAAUUAAAAAUGGUGAAAUUUUGAUAAAUUUCAUGUGUAGUUUCGUUCUUAAUUCUUAAUAAUAAUUCAACUUUGGUAAAAAGUAUCAUGCAAAUGAAUUGUUUAGGAAAAUUUAGACAUCAAGAUUGUUUGUAAAAGCAUGCUAAAAGAUUUGAAAUUUGUUAAGCAAUUGCAAAGUUAUCAAGCAUUGUAAAAAUAAAAAAAAAAUAUGAAAAACUUUUACUUAGUUUGAUUUUAAACAAUCUCAAUGUUCUACAAAUUUAUUCAAAAAUCAAUUUUAAGUAGAUUAAUAAAAAGAUUUUAAAUUGGUUAAAACAUUUGGAAAGCACACAUCAAGUAAGUGUAUAAUUAACUCGUAAGUUAAAAUACACAAUAAUAAAAAAAAACUUUCAACUUUCAGGCGUUGACUCCACCUCUAAAUAGCAAUAUUUUUUUACUCAAACUCGCAGUUUUUUUUUCUUUUUUUUAAUGUGAUUUGAAUCUAGAAUAGCAAACGAAUUUCAGAUUUCUAGAAUGUUUAAAAAAUAAGCAGCAGCCGCAUAUUACCUUGAAGAAUUGUUUAAAAUUCUACAAUAUGGAAAUUUUUUUUUGUAAUAUCCAAGAUUUUUAUUCUGGAUUUUUUCUCACAACCACAAAGCAUAUGAUGAUUUCAAUCGGCUACUUGAAACCAAUUGAAGUUUUUUUUUUUAUUUUCAGUCGGAAUCCUGUGUAGAUUUUAAACAUUUUUUUUUUAAAUCCAAGCUCCCAUAUUUUCAAUAAAAUCCUUGGUGCAAAACUCAAUGGUGAUUGAUUGGUGACCCGAAAGCAAAAUAGUUUAAUAUGUGAAUUACUAUGGAGACUUUCCAGAAAAGGUUUACCGCGCUGUAGAGCAUUUAUACAAUACUGAAGUCAUAGGGUCAAAGUCCACUUGAAUUCUUCAAAUAACCUAUUUUUAUAACCUCACAGUGUCACAAUAAUAAAAAUCAUAUUUUAAUUUAGUGUAUUUUAUCAGAACUUCAAAUUAAACUGCUUUAAAAAUCGCAACGCCACAAAUCACACAGUUUACAAAUAGAGACCCCAAAACGAGCUGAAGCAUUAGAGCCAAGUAAGAUUUUUUACACAGACAACAUUUCUAACUCUUUCACUAACUAAUCAAACAUCGCAAGAUGGAAUCAAAUAGUAAUAAACAGGAAAACAGGAAAAAUCUCCUUUUGAAGCGGAAGCGCAAACGAAAAUUUCACAAACAACAAAAAAAAACUACUCUAGUUACAAACAAGUAAACCAAGAGAAAUGAAGAAAAAUCUCUCGUUGAAUCUUACUCGUGUUGCGCGAAACGGCGGCAUUCGGGUCUUGUUCGACGCAUGAGAACGAUCGUCGUCGGUUUGUAGUGGUUUGAAGUACUGUAUAGCAAUUAAUACCAAGAACUACUAAAUUCGAAGCUCAAAAAAAAAACCGGAAGCGGAAGAGAUAAUUGUUAAAUGGCGAUCGAGAGACAGAGGAAAUAAGUUUGCAUUAAAGAUAAAAAGUUGAUAGAAUGAACAUAUUAAUUAUUGAAGAGGAAAGCGAAAAUUGUAUUGAAGCAAAAUUUGGGUCAAUUUAAUCAAAUAGCGGGUGAGGCAAAUGCAAAUGCAGAAAACGGGAGUCAGGAGCGGGUUGUAGGCACAAUGCUAUGGUUUUCUUUGGUGAGUUUUUCCCAGUGUAGAGUGAGAGCGAAAGCGUUUUGUUUUCUCCGUGUUUGAGUGAGAGAUGAAUGACUCUGGCUGAGUGUGAGAGUGCCUGCAGUAUUUUUCAGGGAUCCCACUUUUCCGAACGCCUGCAUGUAGUUAACUUUAGGACUGAUCGGUUCAUGCUGUAAACCGACCACUAGAUGGCAGUGUCAAUCGAUGUUUGCGACGUCACGUGCAACACAUUCCUGCUUCCGAUAGUUUCCGAUUGCUGAUAAUGAUUUCCGGUGAAAAAAAAACAAACUAAGCAUUCCAAACGGCACGAAAUCCUGUUUCCAAUAAUUUCAUUCUCGAACAGAUUUCUUCUAAUACGACACUGCCCUCUAGUGGGAGGGAAUCUCAUGCAACUCCGGAUGAUACAUGCUCAGAAAAGAAUAUGUAAAAUAGAUACUGUACUGUUCGAUAAGAAAAUUCAUAUGAAACUAGUGAAAACAAAGAAAAAAAAGUUGUGUAGAGGAACAAAACAAAAAAAAAGAUAAAUGAAAUCAAUACCAAGAAAUAGUCUGAGAAAAAAAACAAGCAAACAUUAAAAAAAACAUACGAAUCUAAGGCAACAUGUUAAAAUUUAAAACAAUCUCAAUGAAAAUUUUAGGAUAACAGAGGUACAUUAAAAGUAAAACACGGUAGUGAGAAACAAACAAAAUUUCAAGCAAAAAAAAAACGACGGCGAAGGUGUCAGAGUAGUUACUUUUAAGGUUGAUGGGCGAAACCGCCCGCAAAUCGUUAGAUACUUUUCCAAGUAAAAUGUAAUUGAAGCCACUGAGGGUAAGACAGCAAACAACCAUGUGAACAGUUUCGCCUAUUUUGUAAGAUUUGCAGUUAUUUUUUAAGGGAAAACGUAAAGCGACACAGAGGGACAGAGAGGGGGAUGCGGUUUUAGCGAGAAUGAGUGAAGAAGAACAAGAAGCGAGGAACUGCGAUACAUAGUGUAGCGAUAAGUGGAAUGCGUGUUAAGUGAAACAACAUUGUAAAAGGGUGCCAUCGUUUUUUAAAGACAUCAAUGAUUAAAACUAGUUUUUCUCAAGUAUUUUUGUAGGUAUUUUUUUCUGUUGAACUUUUGCUUCAGUUUAUUACUCUCAGAACAAUCGCUUUAAGUUGUACAUAUUCAUCGAGAUUUCCCUAGAGCUGCGCGAAAUAGCGAAGCAAAGCAUCACUACUGGAAUAGUGUAUAGGUGGUAGCACAACGUUUUUCAUCGCUGUGUCAUCCUUCAGUCAGAGGCAAAUUCUGAUAAACAUAGAAAUAGAACUGAGCCUCGGCAAGUGUAUUCGUGAUGACGUCUGUGCGAUACUAUAUAUCUGUAGGAGAAAACGUAAGCCAAACAAUGAACUUUUUUAUUUCGUAUUUAUUUUUAUUUUUUGUAUUAUCGAAUAUUUUAUUUCAUGUCUACUAUUGAGAAAGCCGAAUAAUAAACGAAAUGGAAAAAUAAA